AAGAGACCAAAGAAAUGAAAAAAGUUCCCGCACUGGCCGUCCGGACUUCGGACGCACGUCGCAAAUCGCAGCCCCGCACGGCCUCACACUGACGUCUGUCGCCUGCCAAUCCGUCGCCCACGCCAGAGAGCAGUCCGCCACCUCUCGCCGUUGCUGAGUGCUGCCUGCGGCUUCUCGGCUUUUUAUCCGGCUUCUGGCCUUCUGCUACUCGCAGCACUCCACACUCGCCUACACGCAGAUUCAAGAGAACAAAUGGAAAUCGAUGCAUUGAAGUACAACAUCAAGCACUUGAAACUCACAGAUCCGAACAACUCUAUAAAUUCUAGCUCAGUAGAAGGAGACAAUGAUUGUGGCGUGCAGAUCACGUGCUUUUCUGAAGUCUCCCAUGAUGAUGUCAAUCUCCAUUUCCAGAUCAUUCGUCUUCUCAAACAGAUAUAUGUAUGGAUAGGCUGCAAUACUGCAAAAUUUGGACAUCUGUAUGCAGCUGGACCUACAUGCCCUAACGAUGCAGUUUCUGUUACUUGCUUACUUGGAGGAUCAUCUGAUAAUACUGGAUCUGGAAUUGCGCGUCGGUUAGUUUUGAAGACUGGCCUCAAUAUAAUAGUGGCUUGUAAUAUCCCUAAAAAUAGCCCCAUGCUUGAGGCUGAAGCAGAGAAAAAGUUGAUGGAAAAGCUUAUCACUUUAGGUUACACCAAGCCAAGAUAUGAAGUGCUCUCUUCACAAGGAAAGAGAUGAUAUUGUUGCAUCAAUUGCAUGGCGCUCUGAAGCUUGUCAACUACGUUGCACUGCUAUCUUGACCAUGGGUACCUCCUUGCUCUGGAGUUCUUCACCUACACUCAGAGAUUAUUAAAAGCAUAUAUGAAAGUUUGAAGUGUGGAUUGAUAGUGGAUUGUUUUCUUGAAAUCUAAAGUUUUUUGUGUAAUC